UCUUUUUGUCUGAUCGCUGCAGGGAAUGCAGCCAAGAUAUGGCUGCCCUAGUACAUAGUACACCUUGCACUGCCACUGGCUGCGGAGUCGUCCCGAAUCGCUUGAAGCAUUCGCGCUGCAGAUAAAACGGAAAAAGAAAAGGAAAAAAUGAACGUCUAGAAGAGGUUAUAUGUACCCACCGUCCAUUCAACCAGCCUAAGCUUAAUACUAGCAAUGCAAUCGCAACAAGUCCGUCCAAUAAGCACCUAUGACAAUCUGGGUGCCGCCACCCAUGUGGCACCAACCAACAAGCAGCAGCAGCAGCAGCAACAGCAGCAGCAGCUCCACAGAGCUGGUGAAAGUCCCAGGCAGCCAGAGAGAGCCACCAACAGAGCUGUGAGUGACCAGCUGCUGUCCAACGGCAUGUCACAGUCGCAGUCACAGUUCGAGCUGGAGCUGGAGCCCGAGGAGGAGCUGAAUGGGAGCGGUACCAGCCACAGCAUAGCUGCCGUUAAGGCGGCCCUCAACGAUGCCAAAUCGAAAUUCUUCGGCAUCAACAACUACGACGAAUAUGAGUCAGCCGGCCAGCCAACACAGAUGCCAAUGCCAGCAGUCAAAGCCCGUUCACAACAGCCGACCAUUAAGCCGGAACCAAAGUACCAGAACGUCCCACAGCGCCACAAGCCACAAGCCGAUGAGCUGCCGGCUGCGAGCAUUGAGCCAGUGGCUGUGCCAGUGGCAGCCAGUAGUCCGGUGGAUAGAUCCCUGCGUUAUGCCAACACCACCUACGAACAAAUACCCCUGAGUGACGUGGAUGCGCCGCAGCCGUCGCAGGUGAGUGCCGUCUACAUGAGUACUACGGUGCCGCAGAAUAUGAAAGGCAUGAAGAUCGCUGGACGACAUACGCCGACCCGAAACAGUCUGAGACACAGCCGCAUGAUAGUUGUGAAUCACAAGAACCACGACAGCGUGCUGUCUCUCUCAUCUGCAGGUCUACAGGCGGCAUAUUCCAAGCACAUACGAAAUCUGAAUAUCUCCCGGCAGCUUCUGAUAAUGCAACUGGCUGUGGGACUGAUGAUUGUUGGACUGGCCAUUUGGAUAUUACUGCUGGCGCCCAACGCCUUCAUACUGAUCAAUCCGUAUUGCGGCGGCCUAUCUCUGUUGCUGGCCAGCAUUGCGGGCCUGAUACUACUGAGACGGGAUCGCCGGACACAGGAGCAUCGGGCGCCCAACAGUUGCUACAAAGUGCUGCUGGCCGAAUCCUAUGUGAGUUCGGCCUUGGCGUUGGUCUUUUGCUGCCUGGCGCUGGUCUGUGCGGCCAUUGAGUUUGCUGAGCUGGCAUCAGCUGUGGACGGUGCCUGCGGACCGGCCACCAGUUCGCUUUUAGCCUAUCACAAUUGCACCUGCCUGACGUCUGGCGACGAUGCGCCGCCAGCUGAUGCCAGCGAUACACCCGAACGACAGCAGCACCAGCAGCAGCAGCAUCGAGGAAUGCGGUGCAUUUCGCAGUGAAUGGAAGUAUCUGCUGGCCUGCUCCAUGGCCCUCAAUGCCCUGGGCAUUGUUGCAACAUUCUUAUACAUAACGCUAUUUAUUUGUUGCCACCGCAACAGGAAACACUUUUACACGUCCGUCUAAUGGAGUGGGGGCCAGGUUCCUUGAGUCCCGUUACUUGCAUUACUUGAAUUCUUUCUUUUAAUUUAACAAUAAAUUAUUUACGAAAACAAAA